AUGCUGCCUCCCAUGGCCCUGCCCAGAAUGUCCUGGCUGCUGCUCUCCUGCCUCAUGCUCCUAUCUCAUGUGCAAGGUGAAGAUACUAAGGAGGAGUCUUUCCCCAAAAUCAGCUGUCCCAGAGGCUCUUAUACCUUUGGCUCCCACUGCUAUGCCUUGUUUAGGACACCAAAAACCUGGAUUGAUGCGGAUUUGGCCUGUCAGAAGCGACCUUCAGGAUCUCUUGCAUCUGUGCUCAGUGGAGCUGAGGCAAACUUCCUGGCCUCUCUGGUCAAGAAAAAUUUGAACUCCUGCUAUUACAUCUGGAUUGGGCUCCAUGAUCCCACAGAGGGCCUUGAGCCCAAUGCGGGUGGAUGGGAGUGGAGUAACAGAGAUGUGAUGGAUUACUUUGCCUGGGAGAAAGACCCCGCCAGCAUCCCAAACCCUGGCCAUUGCGGGAGCCUGUCUCGAAACUCAGGAUAUCUGUUAUGGCAAGAUUAUAACUGUUAUGAGAAGUUACCCUAUGUCUGUAAGUUCAAGGGUUAA